ACAUGACAUGGACUCUCACGUUGAUGAAGUUAAAGAGGAGUUUUCUCUGGAGCAGCAGAACUGGAGCCCCAGUCUGGACCAGGAGGACGAAAAGCCCCCACAGAUUAAGGAGGAACAGGAGGAGGCUGAAAUUACCCCUAUCAAUGUGAAGUUUGAAGAUGAUGAUGAGAAGCCUCAGUUCUCAGAGCUUUGUACCUGCAAGACUGAGAACAAAGACCACGACGAACCAGAACCAGAUCAGCAUUUAGAGUCAGAUUCCAAAGACAAAGUAUUAGAGUCUUCAGAGGUAAAUAUAAGUUACAAAAACUGGGAGAACGGUGAACAUCUUCCGAUUUUGAACUUGGAGAAAAAUAAUACAGCUCCUGAAGAUGAUACAAAAUGUCAGAGUGAUGAGGAGCUUUACAGCUGCACUGAAUGUGGUAAAACAUUCUACCAGAGGUCAGAUUUGUUAAAACAUAGAAGAAUCCACAAAAGAGGUAAACCUUUCAGUUGCUCUUGGUGUAAAGCAGCUUUUGCAUGUAAACAUGCAGUAGUACAACACAUGAGAAUCCACACUGGAGAGAAACCUUUCAGCUGUUCUGUUUGUGAAGCAGCCUUUGCAAGGAAAAGUGGUUUAAAGCGACACACGUUAAGGCACAGCGGAGAGAAACCUUUCAGCUGUUCUGUCUGUGAUGCAUCUUUUGCAAGCAAAAGUUACUUAAAGCAACACAUGAUAAGGCACAGCAGAGAUAAACUUUUCAGCUGUUCUGUCUGUGAAGCAGCCUUUGCAAGGAAACCCUUUGCUAGCCAAAGUGGCUUUAAGGAACACAUGAUGAGGCACAGUGGAGAGAAACCUUUCAGCUGUUCUGUCUGUGAAGCAGCCUUUGCAAGCAAAAAUGGCUUUAAGCAACACAUGAUAAGGCACAGUGGAGAGAAACCUUUCUGCUGUUCUGUCUGUGAAGCAUCUUUUGCAAGGAAACGCAGUUUAAAGCAACACAUGAUGAGACACACUGGAGAGAAAGUUUUCAGCUGUUCUGUCUGUGAAGCAGCCUUUGCAAGCAAAAGUGACUUAAAGCAACACAUGAUGAGACACACUGGAGAGAAAGUUUUCAGCUGUUCUGUCUGUGAAGCAGCCUUUGCAAGCAAAAGUGGCUUAAAGCAACACAUGAUGAGGCACAGUGGAGAGAAGCCAUUAAGCUGUUCAGUCUGUGAAGCAACCUUUGCAAAGAAACGUAGUUUAAAGCUACACAUGAUAAGGCACAGUGGAGAGAAACCUUUCAUCUGUUCGGUCUGUGAAACAGCCUUUGCAAGGAAAAGUGGCUUAAAGCAACACAUGAUGAAGCACAGUGGAGAGAAACCUUUCAGUUGUUCUGUCUGUGAAACAGCCUUUGCAAGGAAACGUAGUUUAAAGCUACACAUGAUAAGGCACAGUGGAGAGAAACCUUUCAGCUGUUCUGUCUGUGAAACAGCCUUUGCAAGCCAAAGUGGCUUAAAGCAACACAUGAUGAGGCACAGUGGAGAGAAACCUUUCAGCUGUUCUGUCUGUGAAGCGGCCUUUGCAAGCAAAAAUGGCUUUAAGCAACACAUGAUAAGGCACAGUGGAGAGAAACCUUUCCGCUGUUCUGUCUGUGAAGCAUCUUUUGCAAGGAAACGUAGUUUAAAGCAACACAUGAUGCGACACACUGGAGAGAAACCUUUCAGCUGUUCUGUCUGUGAAGCAGCCUUUGCACUCAAAAGUGACUUAAAGCAACACAUGAUAAGGCACAGUGGAGAGAAACCUUUCAGCUGUUCUGUCUGUGAAGCAGCUUUUGCAAGCAGAAGUGGUUUAAAGCAACACAUGAUGAGGCACAGCCUAAAGAAAGGGCACCAGAGGGCGGUCUAA